AUGGAGGCUCUUCCCACACUGCCUUUGAUGGCACCACAGUUUCGAACAUCCACACUUUCCUAUGAUAAUAUUCCGAAUUUCGAUUUCAAAUUGCGCAUGAAAGAGUAUAUCCUGCUCACUUUCAACGCGGAUCCUCAUGAGUACGACUCCGCGUUCGAAGAGCUGACUCAAAUGAAAUUCGAGGCCACUAUCCCCGAUGCGUCGCCAGAACAAGCACAGAAACUCAAAAAGUACUAUAGUCAGUUGUGUAUGAUGCAGAAGAGGUUCCCAAUGGGUGCUGGAGAGAUCAUGGAAACCCCGUUUGCAUGGCACGAUGGUCUGAUCGAUAUGAGAAGUGCGCAUAGCGAGGUCCAAAUCUGUGAUAUUGAAUUCGAGAAAGCGUCGGUGAUGUUCAACAUCGGCACGUGUCAUGCCCAAGUCGCAGCCAAGGAGAUGAGAGAGACGCAGGAGAGCAUCAAAACCGCGUUCUCGCAUCUCCAACAAGCCACUCUGGCGUUCGAACAGCUCAACACCUUCAGAAAUUCGGACUUCUUCUAUCCAUCGGUGGAUUUGGACGCCAACGUCAUCUCAUUCUACUAUAAAGUGCUUUUGGCGCAAUGUCAAGAAUGUCUCGUGCAGAAGUCACUUUUGGAGAAUCGCAGUCCAAUUCUGAUCGCGAAGCUCUGUUUGUGGAUUCAGGAGGCGUACGAUUCGGCGACGAAGAUUGUCGACGAUUGGAGCAUCAAUAUUCCGGAGUCUGUGCAACGGUACUACUCGAAACUGUGCCAAAUGAAGUCGGAUGUGUACGGUGUGAUAGGCUACAUGUCAAUGGGCGAUCACUCGGAAAAGGAGGACAAGAAGAUGGGAUGGCGACUACAGUACUACAACAUUGCCAACAAGUACAUGGAACAGUUGACACACAACUCGGCCAAGAUGAGGGACCGCUAUCCGGAGAUGUUCGCCACUUACAGCUUCUUGUUUGACGUUAUCAGUGCCAAACAAAAGAACGCGGAAAAAGAGAACGACUUCAUCUAUCACGACCGAGUGCCCAAACAGGAGGACGCAAUGGACACGGCCAGGAAAGACGGCGUUCGAUGCAUUGUGGACCUGAAAAAGGUGCAGUUUUUGGACGCGGCGGGGUACGGUAUCGAUUUGUUUGCGAAGCUUCUGCCGAGUCACGUACAAGACGCCCAGAAGAAGUAUGCGGAGAUGAAGGACGAGAUUCUGAGGGAAAUGAACGAGAUCGUCAAGUCCUACGAUGAACACUUGAAUUAUAACCUUCAGUUGGCCGAUUUUGAUCGAUUGAGAUUUAUGCUGAGCAAUGGAAAGGACAAGGAGGCGUGGUUCGAGAUUCCCGAGGACCUGAUGCGUCGUAACGCCGACAUGACGGCGUUUCCGGAUUGUGUUCCGAAUUUGAUUGAGAAAAUGAGAGAAUCAUCGGAUACUGCGAGAGUAGCCGAAGCCAAGCUGAUGACGUUGCUCUCCAAGCUCCGAGCCAUUGAUUUGCCGAGAUUCAAGGCCGACGAGGGCUUCAAUUUGAUCCAAAAAGAGCUGGAGCGGCUCGCCGAGCACUUGGAGCAAGCCAAAGCCAACAACGUAUCGCUGAACAAGGCGAUUGCUCAGCACUCGGCUAAUCUACAGAUUCUGACGCUUCCGUGUGUGGAGAUGUGGCAGAAAAUCGUGCCGGACGAUGAUGAGACUGGGAAAAACAAAUCCGGCCAAUCGGACCAGGAGAAGCGAAUUCGCGAGAUGGUGAAUAAGGUGUUGGAGAUGAUGGAUCAGAGGAAGACGCUGAUGAGCCAACUGGAAGCAUCGCUGAAAGCUGAUGAUAUAUCCAGCAAGAUAAUUGGAACUAAUGAGAAGGGAGCCGAACAAAUAAUGCACACGGAGCUGGAGAAACACUCGGAUGCUCAAAAGUACAUUCGCCUGAACGCGACGGCCCAAGACGCGAUUCUCCGGGCGUUUACAGAUGCCAAUGCUGACUUUUUUGAGGAACGAACGGAGAUGAGUGAAAAGAGGAAGGCGUAUGAGCAACGAGUGGCCGAGCUGUGUGCAUCCUACGAAGUCUAUAAGGACGUGCAGAGGAAAGUGGCAGAAGGCGAGCAGUUCUAUCGACAACUCAUGGCGAGGUGUGAUCAGUUUGCGAUACCCGUGCAUGCCAUGGAGGAACAGUACCGCGAAGAGAUGGACAAGAAGGAGAAGGCGAAAAAAGAGGCGGAACACCAUAUGCGCCAACUUCGAAUGUCUCGUGACGCUCAAAAUGCUCUGAUGGACUUUGGUGGGGGCGGAGCUUCGAGCUAUGUGGGCGGAGCCAAUCCACCGAUACCACGUGGCGGAGGAGGAGGAGCUGGACCCCGUUUGGGAGACUUUAUGGACAGCUAUCGAGCCCGAAAACACAACCAGACGCCUCAAAAUGUGGAUACUGUAGACCAGGCACCCCCAUCGCCCACGCCAAGCAGUAUUUGUGAUUUUCCAGUGGCUCAGAGAUCGAAAUUCGGACCAGCUAGCCCAAGCUCCGCCCACUUUAGACCAGGAUCACCUUUCGGUCCUAGCGGCGGCCCUCAAAUGCCCCCUUCUGGACCACCCGGACCACGGUAUCAAUACUCGCCGGCGCAGGCUCCGCCCACUGGAUACGCCCAACAACCGUACCCCUUGCCACCUGGAGCUCCGCCCUCUUCCUAUCAAGUGCCACGACAGCAGGCUCCGCCCACUUAUCCAGGAGGACAACAAGCGCCGCCCACGCAGGCCUCGCCCACUCCGUAUGGGCAGGCUCCGCCCACGCAGGCCCCGCCCACUCCGUAUGGACAGGCUCCGCCCCUUCAUUACGGUCCAUCGCCGGUGCAACAAGGAGGUGGCUAUCAGGCUCCGCCCACUGUUGGGAAUCUAGGUCAGCAAGUUCCGCCCCCUUCCAGUUAUCCAGGAUACGAAUCAGGACCACAAGCCCCGCCCACGUCUCAACAGGCUCCGCCCUCUUCUGGAUAUCCAGGAUAUAGCCCAUCGCCGGUCCAAGGAGGUCCGGCUCCGCCCACUUUCCAAAACCAACAGGCUCCGCCCCCUUCUGGAUAUUCGGGUUAUGCACCAUCCCCAAUUCAAAGGCAGCAAGCUCCGCCCACAAAUCCAUCGACUCCGGCGUCUGGGUUCCAAGCUCCGCCCACUUUUGGGAAUCAGGCUUCGCCCCCUUCUGGAUAUUCGGGUUAUGCACCAUCACCAGUUCAAGAUCAGCAAGCUCCGCACACUCAACAGGCCCCACCCCCUUCUGGAUAUAACCCAUCACCGAUUCCAGGAAGGUCAGCUCCGCCCACUUUUGGGAAUCUAGGUCAUCAGGCUCCGCCCCCUUUCCAAAACCAACAGGCUCCGCCCACUUUCCAAAAUCAGGCGGCUCAGUUCAGACAAGGUCCGCCCGCAAAUCCCUUCACCCCAGGAUCUGGAUUUCAAGCUCCGCUCCCUCCGCAAUACCCAUCCUAUCAACAAGCUCCGCCCCCUGCCCAGCCAACCUACCAACACGCACCACAAGCCACGCCCAUCUCGGCUCCGCCCCCUUCGACUACAGUACACCAACAUGUGGCCGGAGCAGCUACAGUAACCCCGGCUACUACUACAAAAUUUCAACCGACAGCCGGCGCUCCAUCGCCAUGGCACGCGACGCCGGUUGAGCUGAAACCUAAAAAUCCCAUUUUCCAGACGCCAUGGGCCACCCAACCGCAAUAUCACGCCCCGACGACGACGUCAACGGCUUCUGGAGCUCCAGGAGCACCUCAGACUUCGAGCAACGUGGAUUUGCUCAGUGAUCUACUUGGAGACUUCAAUAUGACACCAUCCAUUCAACCAACGAUGCCAGCGGUUCAGAAUCAGCAACACUUCCAACAGCAGCAGCAGCAGCAGCAGCAACAAUCUCAAGCUCCGCCCCCUUUCCCCCAAGCUCCGCCCACUCAGAUCGCAUCGAAUCAAUCAUCGGUUUUUCAAUCGGCUCCCCAUCCAACCGAACUACCGUCGUCAUCUAAGCUAGCGUUCGUCCGUCCCGCCGCAGCCGUUCAACCGAUGCCCCAGAAUCCACAACAACAACAACAGACUACAGUAAUCCCAGAUUUGGCUCAGAUUGCUCAGCAGAAUGCGAACAGUGCGUUGGAAACGCCGAUUCUCAUCAAAGGAGAAUCCACAAGCAUCACUGAACUGUCGGACCCGUCGAAAUUCGAAUUGGGCCAAGGAAAUGUGCAAAAGCUGGAGAAACGAAUGCUCCAUCAGAGUUUUAGAACCAACGGACCACCACCACCACUCAACCCAUCCGACCCACUGAAUCAAAUCGACGCAUUCGGCAGUUUUAAAUGA